AUGGCAUUGCUCAUGUGUGCUUCUCAUUCGCGUAGCUGGCGACGCCGCUGGAUCGCUUGCACCGAAUUUUUUGACGAUGAUCCUGUUAUCCAACACAUUCAGCCUGGAAACUAUGAUGCAAGUAUGGAUAGUGAUGAGCAGGAAGAGGACCCGGUCUGGCAGAAGAACAUACUCAUGGGUGGAAAGUGCCAGCUACCAGAUUUUUCGGGUGUCAUAAUCUACGACGCUGAGGGGAACAUCGUCAAGCCUGACAAGACUCCUCGUUUAACCUGGAAGUAA